AAUACAGUUCAGACAAUUGCGUUUAUUUUUGUUGUGUUAAAUUUUAUAUAUACCUAAUUUUAUUUUAUAUCUUGUGUUAAGUACAAUGAAAGUUGGCGAUCAUUUUACGAGUUAUAAUGACUUGCAAAGUGCAAUUAAUGAGUAUGAAAAAGAAAAUAGGGUGCAGUUCUGGAAGAGAGAUUCUAAGACGCUAGAGAAUGCUAAAAAUCAUUGUCCAAAGAUUUUUGAAAAGGCAAAUAGGGAUUUGAAAUAUUACAUUAUAAAAUAUUCAUGCAUUCAUGGAGGACAAAAAUUUAGACCAAAUAAAAAUAACAAGUCAAUACGGAAACAUGAAGGAACUUUAAAACAAAAUUGCCCCGCAGAAAUCAAUGUGAAAAUAUCGGAUGAUGGAAAGUCGCUACUGAUUAAAUCUAUGAAUAUUAACCACAAUCAUGAAAUUCCUACAGAAGAAAUAUUUAAACAUUUACCAAAACAAAGAAGACUUUCAGACGAACAUAAAAAAUGUGUUUUGGAAAUGAUGAAACUAAAAAUAAAUAAGAAAUUACUUCAGGCAGACCUAGUUGAAAAAACAGGGAACUCAAUAUUGUUGCGUGACAUAUCAAAUAUUGUUAAAAACAGUCAGGGAAAAGACAACCUGCAAGAAAUGAUCAGCAUUUUAAAAGAAAAAUAUCACUGCUUAAUUGAUGUACAAACGGAGGAGAAUACAUUUCAAGGAAUUUUUUUUCAAGAGGAAAUGCAAAAAUGUUUUUCUCUGUUUCCUGAGAUACUUUUCCUAGACGGAACUUACAAAUUAUUAAACAAUCGGUGUCCUGUUUAUGUGAUGGUUGUUGAAAAUUCCUUUGGUACCACUGACAUUGUUGGAAUUGCUAUCAUAACAAAAGAAGAUAGUGAAUCUUUAGGCUGGUUUCUCAAUAUUCAAAGAAAGAAAUCCAAAGUGGCCAAAUAUAAAAGUUAUAAUGACAGAUAA